UAAUGGUAAAAACUAAGGCCACAUCAAAUUAUCAUCUAUUUCUCUUUUACCCCACUCUUCAGCAGUAACCCACUACACCGAAUCUGAGAAACUGGAGAAAUAAAAACUGGAGGUGAGCCGCUCCCCUUGUUGAAGGACCCAACGAACCCAUUCAGCUCAAAACCCAACCCAAACCAGCCCUCGGCUCACCGUGAACCCACCCAGCAGGUCCGGUCCAAGGCGACGAUAUCUCUUUGCAGCAAUGGAUGAUGAUAAUUCCAACCCGUUUCGACGCAUGUCCAGCCGAACUCGUAAGGUUGCUCCAAGAAUGGCUGCUGCCCUUGCAAGUAGUGACAACCGCACACAUGCCGCUCUUGCUCGCCUUGAAGCUUUAGAGAAUGACAAUGCAGGAAUAGAACAGAUAGAAAUCAAUGAAGACAGUGAUGCUUCUCUUGACGAUGAUGAUCAAGGUUAUAUGCAAAAGAGGCAGUCCAAGGGCACAAAACGUAAAACCCGACAGGCCAAAGCACUUGAGAAUGCCAGGAAAGCCCCGAGAACAUUUCUGGAGCUAUUAAAUGAGGCAAGCCUGGAAUCCUUGCCUCCUCAUGUUCCCUCCUAUUUGAAGGCAGCAGUGGGACCUCCGAGCUCUACCUCUCGCCGCCAUUUCUGUACUGUUUGUGGAUAUGCUGCCAGCUAUACAUGUGUGAAGUGUGGGAUGCGCUUUUGUUCAGGCCGUUGCCAGAAUAUACAUAAUGAUACUCGUUGUCUGAAAUUUGUUGCCUAACUGGUGGGAGAUUUUAACGAGCCAAAAUCUGUAAAUUCAUGAAACUUGAUGCUCAUUGCUAUAUACAGAGCUAUGUGGAUAUUGUUACGUUCUUUCCCUAUUUAGUUUCCCUAGGAAAGAGGGUGUUUUGUGCCAUUGGCCUGUACAUUUUGUAUUCUUGCAGUUUAGUUCAAUAUAUAGAGGGGGACUUUUUGGAU